AUGGGGUCUUCAGGUCGUCACAGUCACACACACAUUGAUAUUACCCACAUCUCCUCCCGCUCUCCUUCCCCCAGCUCGCAAGACGACGAGCUCCGCGAAAACGGUGUGCAGGUCUCUGCCGGUGUCUCGCCCACGUAUUCGGUCAUCCAGCCGACCCAGAGCCAGAGCGGCUCCUCCUCUCACCACGGUGACUUCGUGCAAGCCCUCUUCCCGAACGAACUGGGAGAGCCUGAUGGCUCAGAUUCCGCUUCGAGAAUAGACCACCGUGAAAGAGUGCAGCAAUACGAGUCUCGAUCCAAUUCAGCAAGACGACAACCGGUGCACCGCCAGCAGGCUAUUCGUGAGCCCGCUCGCAGUCGCACUCGAGAGUUGCAAGACACAUCCCCGACGGAGAGUGGGGACUCGACCGAGGAGUUCCUUGCCAGGCGGGACCUGGGAUCUCACAUGCCUCGAUCUCAAUCAUAUUAUGGGCACGCCGGGUAUACACACAGCAGUUCGUCCGCUUCAUACCCAUAUCCUCCCGUGCCACAUCCUGCAAAUCAAGUGAUCGCGCUUCAACCGCAACCAAUGGCUAUGCCUUAUCCCAACCCCUAUCCCCAAGGCCAGCAAGUGCCAUAUCCUCCUCAUGGGGCGUAUCCAGGUGGUUUCAGCCACCAUGCUCCUUCACAAGUGAGCGCUCCAUACACAUCAUCUCCUUAUGGUCCGGCGACAGUCGUCAACUACGGCGUUCCCCCUCCGCCAGCGAGCUAUUAUUCUCAAUAUCCUCCGCCCUUUGGUGCCCAGCAGUUUCCGCCACAUUACAUGCAGUACCCUCAACAAAUGCCUUACCCCUACUAUGCUCCACCGGUCGCACCUUCUCCACAACCAGUGUCAGCAAGUGCGUCUGCCGAAAAACUCGAAGCCAAGAAUGACGAUGAACUUGUUAGACGCCUCAAGGAUUUGAUGAAAGAAGAUCAGCUCGCCAAGGAUGCGGAGGCAGCCGAGAAAGCCACAAUAGCAGCUUCAAUUGCGGAGCAAGAACAUCGUCUUCGAGAACAGGCACUGAGGCAGGUGGAGGAGAAAGUUCGACAAGCUGAGGAGAAGGCCCGACAGGCCGAGGAAAAGGCCCGGCAGGAUGAAAGGGCCCGGCAAGAUGCACUAAUUCUGGCAGAGGAGAAAGUACGGCAAGCUGAAGAGAAGGCUCGACAGGAAGCAAUGCGUCAAGCCGAGGAGAAAGCCCGACAAGACGCUCUACGUGCGGAAGAAGAGAAGCGGAUCCGAGAACAGGCCCUGCUGCAUGCCGCAGAAAAGGCUCGAGCAGAAGCCACAGCUGCGGCAGCACGCAUGGAAGAAGAGCGGCGCAUCCGAGAAGAAGCUGUGCGUGCUGCAGAAGCGAAGGCACGUGCCGAGGCUGCAGCAGAAGCCGAGCGCAGGGCCGCAGAGAAACGGAUUCGAGAAGAAGCGAGGCAAGAAGCAAUUCGGGCCUACGAGGAGCAAGUCCGAGCGGCCGCCGAACAAGCCGCAAGAGAGCAGCAGAUUCGCAAAGAGGCUGCAGAAGCCGCCCUCAAAGCUGCUGCGGAAGAGGCUGCUGCGAAGGCCGAAAAAGCCGCAGCCGAGAAGAAGAUUGCCGACGACGCUGCAGCGGCUGCGAAGAUCGCAGCCGAGAAGGAGGCUGCAGAGCUAGCGGCUGCUGCGCGAGAAGAGGCAAGAAGGGUGAAGGAAGAAGCUGAAGCUAAGCUCAAAGAGGCCGAAGAAGCAGCUGCAAAAGCAAAAGCAGAAGCCGAAGAGGCGGAAAAGAAGGCCGCUGCUGCAAAGGGGCCCGAAAAGAAGGCUCCGGUCCGAUUCAAAGAUGCCAUUGGGCGAAAUUACAAUUUCCCCUGGGAUCGAUGUUGCAAAUGGAGGGAUAUGGAAAAUCUGAUCGUCCAAGCAUUUGCACACAUCGAAAACCUGGCAGAGCAUGUGAGUGCUGGUCGUUACGACCUGAUCGGGCCUGACAAAGAGAUCAUCAUGCCCAACUAUUGGGAAUCAACCAUCGAGCCAGAUAUGCACAUCACCAUGAUGCUGUGGCCCAUUCCCGAACCGAAGGAAGAGAUAAUAGAGGAGCCUCCGCCGCCUCCGCCGCCUCCAGUGAUAUUGGACGACACUAUUCUUAAUCUGGAAGAGAUCAUGAACCCCAGGAAGGAGAAAAGAGGCCCUAGAAAGAAGAAACCGACCGGAGGCAUCGCUGGCUGGAUGCUAGGAGGAGCGGGUCGGCCUUCGCGGGCUUUAAAAGGUGAUAAAAAGCCUGAUGUGGCCGCUAAAUAUCAGCACGGUGCCACUGACGACAGUGCAUGCACCGUUAUGUGA